UAAAACGGAUAAUCUCGAGGGGAAUCAAAGGUUUUGUGACAUAAAAAGACGUUUUAUUAGGAAAUAAAUCUCAAUAAUUUAUUUUUCAUUGACUGUAUUCAAACCACUAUUACUUUCUUGCAAGAUCUUCAUUCGCUCACAGAUACCCCCUUCUUCUUCUUCCUUUUAUUGUCUCUGGAUUUAUAUACCACUCUGAGAUUUUUUGGAUUUUGGAAGCUUUUUCAGAAGCUCAAGGUUACUGAUUACUGUCUCUUUGUCUGAGUUGAUUGAGUGAUGAAGUUCUUGUAAUCUGUUUGGGAAUUUUGGUGGAAUCUGCUCUAAUUGUUGUGAAGAAUAGUUGAUUUUGUAAACAUGGAUAAAAUGACACAAGAUUGUCCAUACCCUGGAUGCUUCUUCUGUGUUAUGAAGGAGGCUAACCCUGGUAAGCGCAGAACAAGUGUAUUGAAAUUCUUCAGAGAACUUCCUUCUCUGGAUGAGGAUGGUCAGGUUCUUCCUAUAAGUGGACUUUGGAAUACUGCCAUGGCACAUCCAAACGAUCCCGAGUUCAUUGAUUUGGGAAUAUUUGAGUGUAUGUCUGCACUUAUAUGCAAGGGUUUGAAGAAUCGUCGCUGGCUUUCGCAUGACCAGAAUAUAUAUAUUCCAUACUAUGCAGCUCAUAUCAUUGGAUCUUACACCAUGAAUAUGGAAGAGUUUGCAGAAAGUGCUGUCCAUGCUGGAGUAAUUCCUCCAUUGGUCGAACUUUUAAGAGGGAGGUUAACAUGGGUGGAACAGAGAGUAGCAGUGCGAGCCCUUGGGCAUUUGGCUACAUAUGCCAGUACUUUUCCUUCAGUGGCGAAUCAUGGGGAGGUUCUUGAACUAUCUAUUCAGCUGGCAAUGAGCUCUUUAGAGAUUGUUUACUCUCAUUUCUACCAGCAAAUGGAUAGAAGGCUUAAUUAUCAUUGUGAUUUGCUUACUCGUGGCAUGGGUGGUGUCGAGAUGGAAUCUAGGAAAGCUGAGGAAUGGGCUAGUCAGUUGCAGUGCUGGUCUCUACAGCUUAUUAAUUGCUUCGCGUUCAAACCUGAGUUUCUAUCUAUCAUAUGCAAACCGGAGUUCUUAGUAAAAUUGCCAGGCAUGUGGGGUGGACUAGUUAAUGAAAACUCGCCAGCUGGUAUUGGUUUGUUACGGACAAUCUGUCAUAAUAAAAUUGGCAGAGGGCAUGUUGCUAAUUGUCCUGGUAUUGUUGAAGCUCUGUGUAAUAUUGCUCGCUCUUCUGAUGAUUGGCAAUACAUGGCUAUCGACUGCCUAAUUUGGCUACUACAGGAUCCAGCUACUUGUCACAAGGUGACUGAUAAAGCCGUACCUGCACUUAUUGACCUGGCAGAGAUCUCAAAUUUGGGAGAUCACAAAAAGCUCGGGGAUUCUAUUGUAAAUGUUCUUCAAGAAUGUGUUGAAUCACCAGGGACUGGCCGUACCUCUAUUAGUAGUCGCACUAAAGAACAGAUAGACGAACUACUAAAUUCUAGACAGAGAUUGAAAUGGGAGAAAAAUAUGCCAAAGGAGGAUCUUCAUAUCAAACAAGCAGCAGCUUUAGUUGUCAAGCUCGAAGGCAAUUCUCUGUUCUCUUCAGGAAAUAUAUCUGGAGCUGCAUCAAAAUACUCAGAAGCAUUGGCACUGUGUCCCAUGAGGUCCAAAAAGGAGAGAGUGGUUCUUUAUAGUAACCGAGCUCAAUGUCAUCUUCUUCUUCAACAACCUCUGACAGCCAUAAGUGAUGCUACACGUGCAUUAUGCCUGCAUAACCCUCUCAACCGUCACGCGAAGAGCUUGUGGAGAAGAGCUCAAGCAUAUGACAUGCUUGGAUUAGCUAAAGAGAGCUUACUCGAUGCAAUUCUAUUCAUAAAUGAGUGCUCGCAGUCGAAUGACCCUGACCUUUCCUUGAAGCAAAAUAAGGUUCCUGAUUAUGCUGAGAGGCUAGUCAAGAAGCAGAUGCGAGCAGCUUGGCUAUUCACCGAGGCUGCCACUAAACAUGGCGGGGUCAGUUGCGAGGGUGGAGGAGGUAAUGUCUAUGGCCAAGAAGCGGACGAUUCUGAGUGGGAGACAGCUAGUGAAAGUGAUAUAGGAGACGAUGGAAGGGCAGAUAUGGGCGACGGUGAUAGUGAGCUCGACGCAGAGGAGAGAUAAGGCCGGAACUUGAAACGACAUGAUAAUUUAAGAGUGAUUAAGGACAGGGUUUUUGUACAUAAAACCCCAUAUGGGUUUAAACUUUAAACUUGGUGUGUUUAUGAGUUUUUGCCUAUUGAUAUACACAAUAUUUGUCAUUUUAUGUUGGUUUUUCAGUUUGUGA